AACCAUUAACCCAGUAAACCAUUAACCCAAUAAGUCAAUUAGUCUAGUCUAAAUUUAUUUGAGUCUAGCUCAAUAAGUCAAAUUUGGAUUAGACUUAAUCCUAUAAUCCAUCUUCAAAUCAACGUGUUCUUUGUGUGUGUCCCAAUAGACUCUCAUAACAUUGAUAAUGCAUCUAAAACCAUUUUAGAUAUACAAUGAGUGACAUUUAGCAAUGUAUCAUUACUACCCAAAUGACGAGAAUGUCAAAAUUUGACUUAAUCUUUUUGUGACUAUUAUCUUGUAUGACUCAGCCUUUCUAUCUUUAAUAUUUAGAUUGAUCAAUAAUGCAUAGAUCGUGUCAUCAUCUUAUCAAUCUUUAUAUUUCUUGAUCCUUAGGUAAACACAUUCAAUCAAAUAUGCUCAAUAUCUCAUACUGACUAAUUUGAGCAUAAUCAUGUAUUAUUGUGUCCUACUUAAUCAAGGGGUCUAAAGAUAUCACUUCCGUCAUAGGGAAGAUAUAAAUCACAUCUACAUCACUCACAUUCCUCUGCAUAACUUAUUGCAUAUCAGUAAUUGACUUUAUAAUCUAUCUUGUUACAAGUGACGCUUGUCGAUACCAAAGUACACAACUCCAACUCUUAAUAUUGGAAAUCGUAGUGACUUCAGGCCUAAGGACUAUUCAUACCAAUAGUCACUAUGAAAAUAUUUAAUAAAGAUCCACGCAACAUUCUCAUGAUGGGUCAAUUCAGUACAUAUUCUCUAAUAUAUACCCAUGUGUCAACGUGAUAUCUCAUAUUCAUGACUUGUAGGAUUAAGUCGUCAAUUGCCUUACAUGCCAAUCUCAAUGCAUUAAUAUUAUCCUUGCAUAUUAAUGCUUGACUAGGAAUAAUUAAGAACAGUGUCUAUAUAUAUCUACAGGCUCUUACUAUCAAUUUAACCAGUUGACUAGGAAUAGUUAAGAAUAGUGACUUUAACAUACUAUCCUAGGACAUUAUUAUAUUUAUUCAUCUGGCACAUAUCUGAAAUAAAUAUAAUAACCAUUAAUUUUUAUUAAUGAAAUGUGACACAAUAUGUCCUAAGUCAAUCCACUCUUGAUUGACUCUUAAGACUUACACUAACAUAGACGCCAUUUAAUUAUGUAAACAAAUACUUAAUAUCAAGCACUAGACCCUAUUAUAAUGUUAGUUUUGAAUAAUAAAAUGAGCGCAACAUUUAUUAGUGCGGUCUAAGCAUAUUGUAGCAGCUACGGUUCCGUAUCUGCUAUAACAUUCUUGCCUAAGCAUGUUGUAGUAAUUUUUUUCAUAGCUGUUACAACAUGCUGGUCUAAAGUGUUAUAGUAGCUAUGUAACCAUAGCUGUUACAACGUGGUUAGACUAGAACAUCAUAGUAGCCACAGAAUCGUAGCUGCUACAACGUGGUUAGACCAGAACGUUGUAGUAGCUAUAGAACUAUAACUCCUACAAUGUGGUUAGACUAGAAUAUUGUAGUAGCUACAACUACUACAACGUGAUUAGACUGCAAUGUUUUGGCUUAAGCACAUUGUAACAGCGAUAGUAUGGUAGCUGCUACAACAUUCUAGUCUAAGAGAGUUGUAGUAGCUACAGAACCAUAGCUGCUACAAUGUGGUUAGACUAAAAUAUUAAAUUGUAGUUGCUAUAACGUUCUUGUAGGAUCACAAACAAAAACGUUGUAGUAACUACAGUUUGAUUGCUGCUAUGACAUUGUAUCUGCUAUCAACUGUAGCAUUUGGAUGGAGUGACAAGAUGUUUAAGAUACAUACAUGGGGGCACACAUUGUAGAUAAACAACGACAUGCAGGCUCAGCGAGGCGAUGCAGCACCGAGGGAGUUGAGCGAUGAAGACGGUGAUCAUUAGCUCUGCAUAGUCGCGGCACCGAAGGAAAUGAGGGAGUUUGAAUGGUUGUUUGAAAUAUUUAGGUUUUAAGAGGGAAAGAAGCUUAGAGUUUUUUUAAAAACUUUGAUAGGUGCUGCUACAUUAGAAAAAUAAUUAAAUUUAAUGACGGAUCAUUAUUAUCGUGAAAAUUAGGCACAGUCACAAAGUGAGAGUCGGGGAGCAUGCAUUUAUACGGGAUCCUCUGGUCCUGCCCGCUCCUAAACCAAGGGCAAUGAUAAGCAGGAUUCAAUGAUUCCCAUCUGUUUAGAUCAUUGAAUCUAUCUAUCAUUAUAUAGGAUCAAAAUCCUGAUCAACUGAAUAUAGACUUGAAGAUCUCUGCUCAUAUUUUGAGCAUCGGACAUGAUAUAAGUAAAAUUUUACCAUAUCAACGUUAUACCUAUAUUUAAAAAUACUCAUAUCUAAUUAUUUAAUCGGAUUAAAAAUUAUUUUAUCUCCUUCACCAUUUGAAUUGGAUAUUGAAUUUGCCAUGCUCAUGGUUGCUGACGGACGACUCAGAUUGUUCGGGAUCACGUCGUCUCGCGCCGUUUCGGUCACGCCGUAGAAAACGACACGUGUUUUCUGAUCAAGGGACUAAAAUUCACGUCGUUUACCGCAGACACCUCAUGUGGUGUUCUUCGGAUCUGCUCCACGUUUUGAAAUUUCACAACUUCCCUUCUUCCAAUCAGCGACCGCCAACUGCACCCUAACUCAAUCUUUCAUCAACGGCGAUGUGGAGCGAAUCUGAUUGCUCGAUCAACUUUGGAUCCUAUCACGACCCUACUUUGCUCGAUUUCAAUAUGUUGGAUGGACUUCUAAACCUACGGCUCCGAUAGUUCCAGUCAGACAGAAUCUCUCUCUCGCCUCUCAACUUCAAUCUCGAUAUCUUUCCUCGUCAACCCACUGUUUGAACCUCGAUUUUCUCGAGGUUUUAGGGUUUGCUUGGUCGUGCGAUUCUCGUCGAAAUCGGAUUCGAUCAGGUGAGUUUUGAUUGAGGGGAUCCUUGGGUUCCGAUUAGUGUGUCGUCGAGAGAACUCGGGGGAGUCUUGGUGUACGGAAGGCUGCUUUUUUGACUUUCUAUUGGUCCUUCCAACUUUGACUCUUCAUGGAAUUUUAUGAAGUCCAACUGUCCCUUUAGAUGCUUCAUUCUGAAAUAAUUGUUCCACAUUAACUGGAGUUGAUGCAGCACUGCUUAACUGUGGAUCUAAGGGAGACAUUUGUACUUCAUUUCUAUGAGUUUGGAGUCUUUAAAAAAUUAGAACAACAGAGAGCCAAUCUUUAAGUUCUGUUGUGGGAACUGUAAAUUGAACACUUUCUUUGUCUAUGGAUGUCAUUGAGAUCGAGUCAUCUACUAGUGAAGAUGGUUCCUUUGAUUUUGGAUUAUCAGACACAUCCUUAAUUGACGAAGCUGAGGAUCAACAGGUAAAUAGUGCACAAAGUUUCACCACAGGGAAUAACCAUUCUAUAGACAGAACUGAACUACAAGGUGUAUCAGGCAUGCUAGAUACAAGUCAGUCUUAUAAAAAAGAGCCAGUGCAUUCUUUUACAAGACCAAAUUUUGAUAGUAGGAUGGAAACUAAGAGAAAUGGUGAGACUACAAAAGGUGAAAAUAGUGUAAUUGGGCCUUCAUCUUUUGCUGGAGGAAAUUCAAUCAAUGCUUUGACUAGGUUUAAACCAUCACAGUCUGUGGAUGAGAAGUUCCGCAAAUUGCCAAACACUUUAAUGGAGAGUAGAGACAUUAUACAUGGAGCUACCACGAAUUGGAUGCAGCCCUCAUCCCUGGUUCAUGGAAAAUCUAUCAGCAGUUUGUAUUCAGCUAGCACCAGUGAAGUACAAAAGCACUUGGGCAUAGGAGGUGAUAGGCACAUAGAGCGUGAUGAAAGGCAUAUAUAUCAAGAAGCUUUGCAGAAUCUUGGUCAACCACGGCUAGAGGAUGACCUGCCUCAGGGUCUUUUGGCUGUUCCUCUUUUUAAGCAUCAGAAAAUAGCCUUAGCUUGGAUGGUUCAGAAGGAGAAAAGUACACAUUGUACAGGUGGAAUUCUUGCAGAUGAUCAGGGCCUUGGUAAGACUAUAUCCAUGAUAGCUCUGAUACAAAAGCAAAUGGCUCAACAAUCAAAAUUUACAUCAGAUGUUUCAGAUUGUGUAAAACCAGAAGCCUUAAAUCUAGAUGAGGAUGAUGAUGGGGUUACUGAAGCGGAUAAGACAAAAUUACAAUCCAGAGAAAGUGAUCUUAAAUGUGAGAAAGUGACUUCUUCAAUGAUCAACACAUCAAGCAACACCAGGCCAGCUGGAGGUACAUUGAUUGUGUGCCCUGCUAGUGUUCUUCGGCAAUGGGGUAGAGAGUUGGAUGAAAGAGUUCCAGAAAGUGCAAAGUUAUCUGUUCUCCUAUAUCAUGGAGGUACACGGACAAAGCAUCCCAAUGAACUAACAAGAUACCAUGUUGUUCUGACCACCUAUUCAAUUGUGACUAAUGAAGUUCCAAAACAGCCUAUAGCUGAUGAUGAUGAAGGAGAGCAAAAGAACCAUGAUAAGUAUGGGCUAUGUCCAGACUUUUCAUCCAACAAAAAGAGGAGGCAGUCCUCCAAUGAACAGAAUAAUAAGAAGAAAGGGAAAAAAUCAAAAGAGUCUCUUCUUGACUUUGGCAGUGGUCCUCUUGCUAGAGUUCGGUGGUUUAGGAUUAUCUUAGAUGAAGCUCAAACUAUAAAAAAUCAUAGAACUCAGGUUGCUAGAGCCUGUUGUGGUCUUCGGGCCAAAAGAAGAUGGUGCUUAUCAGGGACACCGAUGCAGAAUACAAUUGAUGAUCUCUACAGCUACUUCCGUUUUCUGAAGUAUGAUCCUUAUUCUGUAUAUAGCUCCUUCUGCGCUUCUAUAAAACAUCCAAUAUCUAGAAAUGCGAGUAGUGGAUACAAAAAACUUCAGGCUGUCUUAAAAACAGUCCUGCUUCGACGCACCAAAGGUACAAUUAUUGAUGGGGAGCCAAUUCUUAAACUACCGCCGAAGUCAAUUUGCUUGAAAAAAGUAGAAUUUUCUCAUGAAGAACGAGAGUUCUAUUUAAAGUUGGAGGCUGAUUCACGGCAACAGUUCAAGGUACAUCUCAUUUGAUAGUUGAGUUAUUGU